GUGGCAACAUUGAUUUUUGGCUCGCAAUUGUUUACAUUUGUUUUUUGCUAAUAUCUGCGAAUUCCUGCGAUUAUUAAAUAUGGCUGAUGAUCCGGAAAACUCAGUGGAUAGGACCACGGACGAUGGAGAUGCCAACAAACCGGAAAAGAUGUUCACUUUGAAGAAAUGGAAUGCAGUUGCAAUGUGGAGUUGGGAUGUCGAAUGCGAUAUUUGUGCCAUUUGCCGCGUUCAAGUUAUGGAUUCCUGCCUUCGCUGCCAGGCCGACAACAAGCGGGAUGUGAUGGGUCGCCAGGAUUGUGUGGUGGUUUGGGGCGAGUGCAACCACUCGUUCCACCACUGUUGCAUGUCGCUGUGGGUCAAACAGAACAACCGCUGUCCCUUGUGCCAGCAGGAGUGGUCCAUCCAGCGCAUGGGGAAAUAAGUCUAACCUCCUGAAUUUACUUUAUGCUGUAAUUAAAUAAAAUAAUAAAUAAAAAAAUUAAUGCA